CGCUGUUAUCUUGUUUCAUGCCUAUCUCCAUGGAUUCAUUCGUCACGUACUCCACGCCCAUUUCUUGCUGAUCUUCCGCGCUUUUUUCCUUCACUUUAGCAGUUUUUACACGGUGAUUUUUGUUUAUCCUUUUGCCAGCUUAAAUGGAGUCAGGAAGCAUGCACGAUGAAGUUACCAACACCAGCCCUUUGCUCUCGAGAUCAAGGCCGGAGAGUGGUGGCGGAGAGGGGCGGAGCAGUGCUGAUUCCGCCACCGCCGUUCUUGUGCUAAGCACCUUUGUGGCGGUCUCAGGGUCCUAUGUUUUUGGUUGUGCUGUGGGAUACUCAUCACCUGCUCAGUCUGGUAUUCUGGAUGAUCUUGGUUUAACGUUGGCAGAGUAUUCAUUGUUUGGGUCAAUAUCAACCAUUGGGGCUAUGAUAGGAGCAGUAGUGAGCGGAAAGAUAGCAGAUCUCUUGGGAAGGAGAGGAGCAAUGGGGUUCGCGGAGUUGUUUAACAUUGUUGGAUGGAUCUCAAUCGCCUUUUCCAAGAACGCUUGGUGGCUUGAUACGGGGAGGCUGUCAACGGGAUUCGGAAUCGGACUUCUAUCGUAUGUGGUACCCGUAUAUAUAGCAGAAAUCACGCCUAAGAAUCUUCGAGGAGUGUUUACCGCUGUAAACCAGUUGAUGAUAUGCUUUGGUGCCUCCGUAAUGUAUCUUGUCGGUAAUCUCAUCACCUGGCGCAUCUUGGCUUUAAUAGGAACUAUUCCAUGUUUAAUCCAGCUUGUGGGACUCUUCUUCAUUCCCGAGUCUCCUAGAUGGCUGGCGAAGAUCGGUCAGUGGGAUGGCAGUGAAGCAUCUUUGGUACGUCUUAGGGGGAAGAACGCAAAUAUUUUCGAAGAGGCAGCUGAAAUCAGAGACUAUACAAGAACUCUAGAACAACUCAAAGACUCCCGAUUGAUCGACUUAUUCCAAAGAAAAUAUGCUCACUCACUUAUAGUGGGAGUCGGGUUGAUGGUGCUACAACAAUUUGGAGGAGUCAAUGCAAUUGCGUACUAUGCAAGUGCUAUAUUUUCCUCAGCAGGUUUUUCCUAUAGAGUUGGAACAACAGCAAUGGUCAUUGUCCAGGUUCCUUUGACUAUUAUAGGAACGCUCUUGAUGGAUAAAUCCGGCAGACGUCCACUGCUAUUGGUUUCUGUGGCGGGAACUUGCUUGGGAUGCUUUCUGAUCGGAUUAUCAUACCUAUUACAGGACCUCAAGCUUUGGGAUUCCAGUCCCUCUCUAGCUCUUGUCGGUGUCUUGGUAUUCACAGGUUCUUUCUCCUUAGGCAUGGGGGGCAUUCCCUGGGUCAUAAUGUCCGAGAUCUUCCCGAUAAACGUGAAAGGUUUAGCCGGAAGCCUGGUGACGGUCGUCAACUGGUUCGGUUCUUGGAUUAUCACGUAUUCGUUUAACUUCCUUGCACAGUGGAGCUCUGCAGGCACUUUUUUCAUCUUUGCAACUGUAUGUGGUCUGACUAUCAUCUUCACCAUAAGGCUGGUUCCAGAGACGAAGGGCCGCACGUUAGAGGAAAUACAGGCAUCCAUGAUCUCGUUCGGGGCAGCAAGGUAGUGUUGUUAUUCAGCAAACACUGCCCAGAUUCAGUAGUCUGUGCUGAACUUCAGCUAGAAUGAGACACAAUUAGGGUGCAACUGCAACAUUAUGACAAUUAAUUGGUCUGCCUGCACUAUGUUAUUAAGGUUGCAGGGUAGCGUAUAAGUACUUUAAUCUCGAUCAUGUGUAUGGACUAAACUACCCUCAUAUCAAAAAACGAACCACAAUAUAUAUAUAUAUAUACA